CUCUUUACACUAUAAAUACUCCUAUCGCCAACACUUUUGCAAUAGUGAAAUUAAAAUGGCUUAUUUUGGUUCACUUUUGGUAUGCUUAGCUCUUAUUGCAAUCUCUCCAAGCAGCGGCGGGUCCGUUUCCGACAUCGUGUCAGAUGCGUUUUUCAACGGAAUUGCCGAUCAGGCGGAUUCCGGCUGCGAAGGGAAGGGCUUCUACACGCGAACUUCGUUUCUUGACGCCGUCAACUCUUAUCCGCAGUUCGGAACGGUUGGUAGCGCCGAUGACUCUAAGCGGGAAAUUGCGGCGUUUUUCGCCCACGUUACUUACGAAACUGGAAAUAUGUGCUACAUAAAUGAGAUUGACGGUGCAUCCAGAGACUUCUGCGACAAGAGCAACAAACAAUAUCCCUGUGCACCCGGAAAGAAGUACUAUGGUCGUGGGCCGUUCCAACUAUCCUGGAAUUUCAACUAUGGACCGGCCGGCCAAAGCAUCGGUUUCGACGGUCUAAACAAUCCGGACGUCGUCGCCACAGACCCGGUUAUUUCCUUCAAAACCGCCCUGUGGUUUUGGAUGAACAACUGCCAUUCUCUCAUCACCACCGGUCAGGGUUUUGGCGCCACCAUUCGCACCAUCAGCGGCCAACUUGAGUGCGACGGGACUAAUCCGGUCACCGUUAGGAAGAGGGUUGAGUAUUACACACAGUACUGCCAGCAACUUGGUGUUCAUCCUGGGGAUAACCUCACAUGCUAAAUAUAUACAACAAUA